CUUUCCUAGACAUAGAUCUAAAAAUGUUUGACCACUAAAUAAAAUUUUCCUAUAUAUUCACAGUUUCCCUUCCUAUUUUCCGCAAAAUUCUGUGCCCCUUUGCCUCUUCUCUCGUUCGUUCUCUUCUACCAAAGUCUCCCUCUCUCCAACAAAUUUUGACGCACCAAAUCUCACACACUACACAGUACACACACUCCCCUAGAGAGAGAAAAACACACACACGAAAAAAAUGGCUGCCACCUCCAUUUCCUCGGCGACAAACAAGCUGACAGACCAAUCGCUGCCUAUUCCGCUUCACGCCACAGCCGCAGGCCCUCCCGCCACCCGCCUAUCAUUCUCCAAUUCAUCCAUCUCGCUCCAAAAGCUCGCUAUCUCCGCCAAUUCCAGAAAUCUGAGAUCGGGCGUCUCCGCCGCGGCGGCGGUUAGCGUUCUGAAGACGGCGCGGGAGUCGGAGCAGGCGUCGAAGCCGCGGAAUUCAGAUCCGGCGGUUAAAUCGCCGAAGCCGACGAUUCUUGUCUCCGAGAAACUCGGAGAGGCCGGGCUCGACUUGCUGAGGAGCUACGGGGAGGUUGAGUGUCUGUACAAUCUGUCGCCGGAGGAUCUGUGCGCGAGGAUUGGGGAGUUUGAUGCGCUGAUCGUGCGGAGCGGCACGAAGGUGACGCGCCAGGUGUUCGAGGCGGCGAAGGGGAAGCUGAAGGUGGUCGGACGCGCCGGCGUCGGGAUUGAUAAUGUGGAUCUGCAGGCGGCGACGGAGCUUGGCUGCUUGGUGGUGAAUGCGCCGACGGCGAACACCAUCGCGGCGGCGGAGCAUGGGAUCGCGCUGCUCGCCGCCAUGGCGAGAAAUGUUGCUCAGGCUGACGCUUCUAUGAAGGCUGGAAAAUGGCAACGUAACAAGUAUGUUGGUGUCUCGCUGGUUGGGAAGACAUUGGCUAUCAUGGGAUUUGGCAAAGUUGGUUCUGAGGUUGCAAGGCGUGCAAAGGGCCUCGGGAUGCAUGUUAUUGCGCACGACCCAUAUGCCCCUGCUGAUAGAGCACGUGCUCUUGGUGUGGAGUUGGUGUCAUUCGACCAAGCCAUCUCCACGGCGGAUUUUGUCUCUCUCCACAUGCCUCUCACUCCCACUACUAACAAGAUAUUCAAUGAUGCAACUUUUGCAAAGAUGAAGAAGGGAGUGCGCAUAAUAAAUGUUGCCCGUGGUGGUGUCAUAGAUGAAGACGCUCUAGUGAGAGCCCUUGAUGAAGGAAUAGUUGCACAGGCCGCCCUCGAUGUUUUUACAGAGGAGCCCCCAUCGAAAGAUAGCAAACUAGUGCAACAUGAGAAUGUCACAGUUACACCACAUCUUGGUGCUAGCACAAAGGAAGCACAGGAAGGAGUUGCAGUCGAAAUAGCAGAGGCUGUUGUUGGUGCACUGAGAGGGGAACUUUCUGCAACUGCAGUAAAUGCUCCAAUGGUUCCUCCAGAGGUCUUGUCUGAGUUGGCUCCCUAUGUUACUCUGGCUGAGAAGCUCGGUAAACUAGGCGUGCAGUUAGUUGCUGGAGGAAGUGGAAUACAAUCCGUGAAGGUGGUUUAUGGCUCAUCCCGCGACUCUGACAACUUGGACACGAGACUCCUCCGAGCAAUGAUCAUAAAGGGCAUCAUCGAGCCUAUCUCGGAUGCCCAUAUCAACCUUGUCAAUGCAGACUUCAUAGCCAAACAGAAAGGCAUAAGGAUCAGCGAGGAAAAGCUAGCAGUCGACUCUUCCCCUGAGAACCCUAUUGACUCGAUUCAGGUCCAGAUAAGCAACGUUGGGUCAAAGUUUGAGAGUGCAUUGCUGGACAAUGGAAACAUAAGCAUCGAGGGGAGGGUGAAGGACGGCAUGCCUCACCUCACACGUGUGGGGGCAUUCAGCGUGGAUGUCAGCCUCGAAGGGAACCUGAUACUAUGCCGUCAGGUUGACCAGCCUGGCAUGAUCGGGACAGUUGGGAGCAUCCUCGGGGAGAGCAAUGUGAACGUGAGCUUCAUGAGCGUGAGCCGGACUGUGAAGAGGGUGAAGGCCAUCAUGGCCAUCGGGGUAGAUGAAGCGCCCAACAAGGAGACCCUCAAGAAGAUAGGCGAGGUGCCUGCUGUCGAAGAGUUUGUCUUCCUUGAUCUCUGACCUACUUGUUUCUAUGGCUUAUGGAAUUUUUCUGGGAGAAAAACUUGUGUUUUUCACUUUUAUAAAAUAAAAAAAAAGUGUAGGCAGUUGAUGCUGAAAUCUGCAGCUAGGCAGCCUCUUUCUCUACACUUGUGUUGCUAUGGUGGUGUUGUUGUUUGUUGUGAUUUUAGAUUAGUUUUGGUAUAUGAUUGAAAAUCCUACCUGUUGUACUAGAAAAAGGGAUUGCCAUGAAUUUUUACUACAGUAGUUGUGUUGGAA